GAGCAGUGCAGACGUCAGAGGGGGAGCAGGCAGGCCAGUGACGUCAUACUGGGCUACUUGGCUGCAUCCUUAUUACUGAAGGGGAAAUAUGCAAUGUUGCAAUAAGGAAUAAAGCUCUUUCUCCCUGUGAGCUCCUGAGCUCCUGACACAGGCACCCUAAAUAUUUUUACCUGUUGAGGUAACCUAGGUUGACCCCACGGCGCAUGUAUUUUCCCACAUCAGUGAAGAGGCUGGCUUAAAAAAAAAAAAAAGAAAGGAAAGGAAAGGAGCACCUAAAGAUAUUAAUGCGCACCUUUCAUAACCCUCCCUCAUUCAUUUGAUAUUUUUUUUUUCUGAAGGCUGGUGUGUUCCACGUCCAUCCGAUCCCCCCAAAUCCUUGUCAUUUCUUUCCAGCCUGUCUUGCAGGAGAGGAUUGAUGGAUACAAAUCGCGUGUGAAAGCUUCACCAGCGGGAUUUUAAGGAAUUUGCCUGUGGUGUUAAGGGAAGGAACAGUAUAGAGGAACUGACAGAGAGAGCUCUACCUACCGACUGCACUACUAGAAGAUCCAAGCAGCCCAGAGACACUCCAGCACCAUGAGACGUCUGUGAGAAGCCUCCUAAGAACCCCCCCUCCUCAUCACAAACAAAAACAGGACUUUAAGACAAGCCCAGGGGACACUUCUCCAUUGAUCUCUCCCAGAAUUAAAAAAAAAGACUUGUAUUGUUUGCUGUUUUUGAUUUCCCUUUUUUAUUAUUAUUAUUAUUAGGAGGGGGGGUGCUGCAUCUGUCUUUAAUGCAAGAGCCAUGAGUUCCUAUUUUGUGAACCCACUAUUCUCCAAGUACAAAGGAGGUGAGUCCCUGGAGCCAACUUACUACGACUGUCGGUUCCCACAAAGUGUCAGUAGGAGCCAUGCCUUGGUGUAUGGACCAGGCACCACAGCUCCAGGCUUCCAGCACCCUUCUCACCACGUCCAGGACUUCUUCCACCACGGCACCUCCAGCAUCUCCAACACUGGCUACCAGCAAAAUCCCUGCGCCCUGACGUGCCACGGAGACGCCUCCAAGUUCUAUGGCUACGAUGCCCUACCAAGGCAGUCCCUGUAUGGUGCCCAGCAAGAGACGAGCGUGGUGCAGUACCCCGACUGUAAAUCGUCCUCUAACACUAGCUCUAGCGAAGGACAAGGCCAUUUAAGUCAAAAUUCGUCUCCCAGUCUUAUGUUCCCCUGGAUGAGACCUCACGCCCCCGGAAGACGCAGUGGAAGGCAGACCUACAGCCGGUACCAGACAUUAGAGCUAGAAAAAGAGUUCCUCUUCAACCCUUACUUGACGAGGAAACGAAGGAUUGAGGUCUCCCACGCCCUGGGACUGACGGAGAGGCAGGUCAAAAUCUGGUUUCAGAACAGAAGGAUGAAAUGGAAAAAGGAGAACAACAAAGAUAAACUCCCUGGAUCUAGAGAUGAAGAGAAGACAGAGGAAGAAGGGAAUGAUGAAGAGGAGAAGGAAGAGGAGGAGAAGGAAGAAAGCAAGGAAUGAUCUGACCUGUGGGGGAACGAGACUCCCUGUGUGUGAAUGGCAAUGUCUGUUUGUGUGAAUGUAUUCAAUUCCUCCUUGAAAUGUUGGUUUUAUGAUACAUAUAAAGCCAAAAAAAUAAUGCUCAUAGAAACAGGGGAGGGGGCAGAGGGGACAACAUUAACUACCUGUCACAAGUUCCAGCCUUGUCUUCUGGUCAGGACUUCACCUUGCAUUUUGCUGUGGUUUAUGUGGAUAAAAUGGGGGGAAUUUACAUUACCUUCUUAUUUAUGUCCUUCAAGUCCUGAGAAAUAGGCUAUUAACUUAUAGCAUACAAAGUGAAGGAAGCAUACAGGGUUUUACUACUUCUAGUAUGAUUUCCAACAGACUGACAUUUCUUGCAGCCACAAUAGUAUUAAUUCCUUUUUAUGUGAAAUAAAAACUACCUAUUCUCUUGUUUAGAGGCACAUUGAGGGCCUCCUGAUGUAACCUGUGUUUAUUUAGAGUUCUGUAUUCAAGGAUGGGGUGGGGGAGGGGAGGGCCAGCACAUACCCUACUAUGUUAAUUUGAUAUAUAUUUUUUUUAUUAUUGUUAUUAAGUAAUUGUCCACGUUUGGUAUAAUGCAGUCCAUAGAGUUCUAUGCAGCCUCUGCAGUUGUCAAACCUGUCAGCAGAGGGGAUUGACCCCCAAGCUGAAGUAGAGUGUGUGCACAUGGCUGACAAUAGCUUAAAAAUGAACCUAUCUGAACAUAUAGCUGUUAUGAGUGACCACAACAAUUUCAUAUUUUCUCUUCCAUCUGGGUUUAACAUGGCUGUGUGAGCACUUAUAACCUACCUUAACUACCUAGAGAUCAGGCAAUAACUAUGUAACACACGUGGAGUGUACUUAUACCUAUGUAUCUGGAACAGAAGAUGGUCAGACUUCCAAUGACUGGCAGUGAUGCCCAACAUGCAAGCUACUGAGUAGCCAAUAUAACCUAAAACUUGCAAUGUAACUUAUGAUAAUAAUGAUAAUGAUAACUACCUAUAGAAGGAGAUGCUAUCGGGAAGUAUUUGUAAUGCAAUUUUUAUGUUGUUUCCUGCUGCUUUAUCCCAACAACUGAAACUGCCUACAUGGACGCACAUUUAAUGACUGUGUUUAUUUUAUCGUGCUUUUACAGUAGUUUAGGACUAAAUUGCACUGAAUGUAAAGUUACCUAUUUGUCUUGACCCUAUCUGUUAACGCAAGAGCUUGGGGUAUUAAAGUAUAAAAUUUAAAAAAAUGAAAAUAAAAAAAUUUAAAAAAAUCAUAAAAAAACAACAUAAAAAUGAAAUAGUCUUUGUUUUAUUUCUGUAAUAAGCCUAGUUACACGUGUUCUCAACCUAUGAAUGUAGCAGACAAACCAUGAACUUGUUCCUGGACAAGAUAACAUUUGUAUUGUAUACGUGAAACAUUAAAUAAUAUUAUAAGAAUAAAAAUGAGAAUAAACAUGAUUUUAAAAA